AUGGUGUCCCGGGUAUUCAGUGCGUAUGCGGAGUGGGUCCGUAGGAACGCCGACAAUGUGGCCUCCAUGGAGCGGUUUACGCACAUGCUCACGAUUAUCCUUAUGAGCCCUAACAACAUGUUAAAACACGAGAUAGGGAACACCAUCGUUAACAUACAGAACUUCUCUAACCACGCUAUCAUUUCUUCUGCUGGAAGAAAACUAAGUGUUGCGGAGCAGAUAUCUAUUGUAGGACAAAUUAUUCGGAAAGCGGAAUGCCUACUUGAGUUACUACUACGCCGUUACCGAGGACAUAGGACAGCAUGGAACUUCUUGUUGAUUCUGCAGCUCCUGAAGUGCUUCCUAAACCUGGUUGCGCACCAACAAAUGUGUCUUCUGCCUUCCAUAUGGCAAGCUUUGCGACGCCAGCUCCGGCGCCUUAUCACGUUUCCAAAAAAACUACUCGGGCCAUCAGGUGUAUCGAGUGGUAACUCUGGUGCCGCCUUAUCCAAUUUACCCCAGAGCAGUCAAGCAGCGGAACGGACUACACCACUCGUUAUUCCACGUGUGGUUGCCACCCGUAUGUUCAGGGACCGGAGUUCCGAAGCUGUGGGUGACGAUGCCGAUUUCUCUCAAGCUGGAAAGGGCAGUAACAGCGGCGGGGGUAAUCCCGAUGUGUUGCCAUGCACGGCGUAUGAUGUGCUGGGUGCUGUUGUGGAUUUUUUGUUGUUGUUGCGCCCACUCUUUUUGUUGUACUGCGCCCGGUCUGCGUUCCCGACUACAGCUAUGGAUGCUUGCUCCCAAAUAGCCUCAGAGGUAGAAGACACAACCCUCGAUGAUGGCCCACGGGAUAGCAAUGUUACCGACAAAAAGUCCGAUUACGGCAGCUUCUUUUCUGUGAAGUCGUUGAUAGCAGAUGGUCUCAAGGAAUCGCUUCUAGGAAAUUGGAGUAUCUGGACCCUUUUCUUAGGUCUAGAUGUGAUUUUUGCAGCCUUGGCUCGUUACAUUUUCCAUUACCGUAAGCCCAUUGUGUGCAUCAACAGGGAUGCUAGAAACUACAGCGGCGUCGGCAGUAAUGGUGGUAGGCAAAUUGCACAUGACGGCGAAGUGCCAUCUCCGGAGUUGAGUGGCGUCAAUUCAGCGGCAGAGCCCGACACCGUCGUCUCCCGUGACAGCCUCCGCGUGCAACAAACGAUGCAUAAUUUAGUUUGCUGUUUCCUUCGUGAUCCUUUCUUCGGUUCUGUGCUGCGGAGGUUCAUUUACGACAACUUCAUUGUCGGACGAAUUAACGGUAUACCACUGGUGGGAUCACUCCUCGCGCUGCAUGUUGCCUCUUUCCUCUGCAGGCAACACUACUCGUUCAUGUACUCUAUCGGAGAGUGA